AUGUCCGAUCAGGCACCCUCAUGGCGCACCGGCGCAGCUGCCACCGGAUCCGCAUCCGGCGGCUCCUCGAGCUGGGGCCGGGGUAGCGGAGGAGGAGGCGCCAGCGGCGGCGGCGCAUCGGCCCCUUCUUCGUCGUCGAAGCGCGGUGGCAGGGGCGGUCCCAGCAACGGCAAACGCUCCGGCGGCCGCAAAGCCGCCUCUUCGUCGACAGCGGCUGCGGCAUCGUCGGUGGCGGCGUCCAAGUUCCUCCCCACCCAGCCCUUGCCCUACCAGACCGCCGCCCACAUCCGAGAGUACUACAUCGGCCUCGUCGAGAGCGGGCGCAUAAAGCAGCAGUGGCUCGAGAACCCAAAGAGCCCCAUCCAGAACUACGUCCUCCUCUCGACCGGGCAGGCUCCCGUCUACUCAAACGAAGAGGGCCGCGUCGAAGGGCGCCGCGACAAAAACAUCCGGUCCACGCUCGUCCUCGACGCCGACCGCGGCUGGGCAGUCUACGGCGACGCAAAGACGGCCAAGGACGCGGAAAAGGCGGCCGCCCUCCACGCCGUCCUCUUCCUCCAGGAGCAGGGCGACCUCCUCAACAAGGCGCCCAAGCCCAGCGCAGCCGUCGCCGCCGCGCUCGCCGCCUCGGGCGCCGCCAGCGCCCAGGAGACGGUCAAGCUCUCGGACGGAUCCAACCUUACGGCGGACCGGGCGCGCGAGUUCAUGGACUUCUACUGCCGCAAGUUCAAGUUUGGCAAACCCGACAUCUCGGUCCACCCGGCGACGCAGCAAAAGGGGCGCAAGUCGGUCAGCACGGGAUGGCGCGCCACCAUGACCGUCGGCGGCUCCGAGAUUGGCGAGGCCAGCGGCCGCAACAAGAAGGCGGCCACCACCAACUGCUACCUCGACACGGUCCAGUACCUCGAGAGCACCGACCCGGAGCUGUGGAAGCACUUUGACGCGACCCACGUGCCCGGCGCGCCCAUCGGUAUGGCGCCGCACAUCUACUUUACGAUGAGCGACGAGCUCGACGACGACGUGCGCGGCAUCUACGAAGAGGUGCGCCGCAGCAAGAUCUUUGCCAAGCGGCCGCGCACCGCCGGCAGGCUGGCGGCGGGCGAGGGCGCCGACGACGAAGAGCAGCAGCGCCAGCAAGAGCUGCAGCAGCAGCAGGCGCGCAAGCGGGCGCGGCGCUACGACAACCAGCGGCGCGCCACUGACGACGUGAUCCGCGCCAAGUCCGAGCAGCUCAUGCAGCGGCUCGAGGUGUACCACUCCGACGAUCGCCUCGCCGCGCUGCGCGACCAGCGCGCCUCGUUGCCCGUCACGCAAAAGCAGAGCGACGUACUGGUCAAGAUCGAGCUCAACCAGGUCACGAUCUGCAUGGCCGCCACCGGCUCGGGCAAGACGACCCAGAUCCCGCAGAUCCUCUUUGACGACUACAUCCUCCAGGGCCGCGGCGGCGAGUGCAACAUCAUCUGCACCCAGCCUCGUCGCAUCGCUGCCAUCAGUGUGGCCGAGCGCGUGGCCCGCGAGCGCGGCGAGAAGCUGGGCGAGAGCGUGGGCUACCAGGUCCGCUUCGAGGCCAAGCUGCCCCAGCCCAACGGCUCCGUCACCUUCUGCACCACCGGCGUCUUCCUGCGCCGCCUCCAGUCGGCGCUGGGCGACGCCGAGUCGAGCAACGGCUUCCUCGACUCGAUCACCCACGUCGUUAUCGACGAGGUGCACGAGCGCGACGUCGAGACCGACCUGCUGCUCGUCGUCAUCAAGCGCCUGCUCGAGGAGCGGCGCCGCAUGGGCAAGCGCGAGAUCAAGGUGAUCCUGAUGAGCGCCACCAUCGACCCGACGCUCUUCCAGCGCUACUUUACUGAUUCGCUCGGCCGACCCGCGCCUGUCGUCGAGGUGCCCGGCCGCAGCUUCCCCGUCGAGAAGCACUACCUCGAGGAGACGGUGCACCAGCUGCAGGCCAUGCAGCUCGGCCCCAGCGACGGCGGCUGGGUGUGGCGCGAGAAGAACGUGCGCGACUACCUCGAGCGCGAGAUCAACCAGCGCGGAGGCAUGAUGGCCGCACGCGGCGGGCAGUCGCUUGAAGGCGGCGGCGAGAUGGUGCUGUCCGACCAGGUCGAUGACCUCGAGCUGCCGUACCCGCUCGUGGCGCUCAUGAUUGCCUACGUCCUGUCGACGUCCGAGGAGGGCCACGUGCUCGUCUUCUUGCCCGGCUGGGAGGAGAUCAAGUCCGUCAACCAGAUCCUCUCGGACCCGCGCCAGCGCCCGCUGAUGGGCCUCAACUUCAAUGACGGCAACCAGUUUGAGAUCCACAUCCUGCACUCGACGAUCCCCGUCCAGGACCAGCAGGCCGUCUUCGAGCCGGUCCGCCACGCUGGCAUUCGCCGCAUCAUUCUGGCAACCAACAUCGCCGAGACGUCGAUCACGAUCCCGGACGUCGUCUACGUCGUCGACACGGGCCGCGUCAAGGAGAAGCGCUUCGACCCGGAGCGCCACCUGUCGAGCCUGGUGUCGGCUUGGGUGGGCACGUCGAAUCUCAACCAGCGCGCCGGCCGUGCGGGACGCCAUCGCCCCGGCGAGUACUACGGCGUGCUGAGCAAGGCGCGCUACGACCGGCUCAGCGUCAACCAGACGGUCGAGAUGAAGCGCGUCGACCUCAGCAACGUCGUGAUGCACAUCAAGGCGCUCGACAUCCCCGGCAUGGAGGUCGAGGACGUGCUGGCCGCCGCCAUCGAGCCGCCAGCGCCCGAGCGCGUGCGCGCCGCCAUGGAGAAGCUCAAGAUGGUGGGCGCCCUGGACCAGGACAAGCGCCUCACGUCGCUCGGCCGCGUGCUGCUCCAGCUGCCCGUCGACGCACCCAUGGGCAAGAUGUGCCUCUACGGCGCCUUUUUCCGCUGCCUCGACCCGGUCCUCUCGCUCGCCGCCAUCCUGACCAACCGCGACCCGUUCAUGGCGCCCGUCCACCUGAAGAAGGAGGCCGACGCCAUCAAGGACCAGUGGUGCCCGCCCGACUUCCGCUCCGACGCGCUCGGCAUCCUGCGCGCCUACACGCGCUGGUGGGACAUGCAGGGGCGCGGCGAGUACGUGGCGGCCAAUCGCUUCUGCAGCGACAACUUCCUCUCCAAAACGACGCUGCUCGGCAUCCAGCAGGUCAAGGAGCACCUGUUCCAGAGCAUGGAAAAGGCCGACAUCAUCCAGGUCAUCCAGAGCCAGCAGCAGCAGCAGCGCGGCGGCGGCGGUGGCACCUACACGGCUCCCGGCCGUUACCGCGCGCGGCCGCGCGAGACGGAUCCCGAGUUCAACACCAACUCGGACAGCGCGCCGCUGCUGGCCGCUUUGAUUGCGGUGGCGACGGCGCCCAACUUUGCCAUCCGUGCCAACGAAAAGACGUACCGCACGUCGCAGGACAAGACGUGCUUUAUCCACCCGGCGAGCGUGUGCCACCUCAAGUACACCAAGCACAAGCACGACGACGCGUCGCACACGGGCGAGCGCGAGCUGAUCGCGUUUAGCGAAAAGGUGCGCAACACGUCGAUGCAGACGAGCGGCGGCGCCUCGAACGCCAUGACGAUGCUGCGCGGGUGCACGCGCCUCGACCCGCUCACCUACAUGCUGUUUGGCGCGUACGACGUGCGCGUGACGAGCAGCGGCAUCGAGUGCGACGACUGGCUGCCCAUCACGGGCAACCUCGACGCGCUCGACGACCUGGAGCGCCUCAAGGCCAUCAUGGACGUCGUCAUGCUGCGCGUCUUUGAGGGCAUCGGCAAACGACCCACGGGCGGCAACCGCGGCGGCGCUGCCCAGCAGCAGCAGCGCCGAGGCGGCAACAACAGCAACAGCAACAACAACAACAACAACAACAACAAGCAGCUGGGAGCGCGCUCCGACUGGGACGACGUUGACCAGGCGCAGGACGAGGGCGGCGAGGACGACGACGACGACGAGUGGGGCGACCGCACCGACCUGAGCCUGAGCGCGCAGGAGAUUGGGGAGUUCGAGCGCAUGACGAUGGGCAUCGUCCACGUCCUCGACGGCUACUCGCACGAGCGGCUCGCCUCGCACUCGAUUGGCAGCAGCCGCGCCUCGACGCGCCCGGGCACGCCGUCGACGUUGGCAUCCGGUGGCGGUGGCGGUGGUGGAGCGUACUACGAAGGCGGGAGUGGGGUACCGUCGAAUGGCGGUAGCCGGUGGAACAGCCGUCCGCAGACUCCGUCGAGCUACGGCGGCGGCGGCGGUGGCGGCAGUGCGGCAGCUGGUGCACCUCCCUUCGCGACGGGCGCCAAUAGCGCUGGGCCGGCGCAGGGGUGGAGGCGAUGA